UGAAAACUCUCACAUCUAUUCACACGAAGAGAAUGUAUAUUGAAACACACAACACACAACUUCUCAUUUGCAGGUUACAGGUCCCCAGGCUAGAAUACCUUGUUCAUAUAAUAUUUCUCUUAGCGACAAAAUUCCGAAUUCUCUGAGUAUUUCGACUCCUCAUGGUACAUUGAACAGGAUUUCCGUGUGCUAACAGUGAGCUGUAUCCGGAAGACCUUGGUGUGACUGUCAGCUGAUGAAGUGAUUUGAAGAUCCAAGUAUCUUUACUGUAAAAUAAGAAGUUUCACUUGCUGGCAUAUUGAUUACCUGGAUUAUUUCCAGUUUUGAUAUUGAUAAUAUUCGACGUAGUGAACGACUUCUAAAGAAAAACUUAUUAUGGCUACAAAUGCGCCUGCAAAGCUGCAGGUAAAACCGACUGAAAAUGAGAGGUUCCAGAAAUUGAAGGAAAAAUUCAUAGAGAAAUUUGGAGAAGACCCCGUUUUUUAUGCACGAGCUCCUGGCCGAGUAAAUUUAAUUGGAGAACACAUUGACUACUGUGGAUAUGCUGUACUACCCAUGGCCAUAGAGCAAGAUAUCCUAGCAGCUGUGUCCCUCAGUAAGACGCAAACAGCCCAGCUGGCGAAUUCAAAUCCCCUCUACACGGACUUCAAAGUGUCGUUUGAAGACGUUCAGAUUGACAAGUCUCAGCCUUUAUGGUAUUACUAUUUUCUUUGUGGCCUGAAAGGAAUACAGGAGCACUUCAGCCUCAGCAGUCCUGCAGGGAUUAAGUGUGUUGUGGACGGGACCAUCCCCCCCAGUUCUGGGCUGUCCAGCUCCAGCGCACUUGUGUGCUGUGCAGGCCUGGUGACACUGGAAGCCAACGAGAAGACUCUUUCCAAGGUGGAGCUGGCAGAGAUCUGCGCGCGCUGUGAGCGAUAUAUUGGCACGGAGGGUGGCGGGAUGGAUCAGUCCAUCUCCUUCCUCGCAGAGCAGGGGACUGCAAAACUAAUUGAGUUCAACCCCCUGAGGGCGACUGAUGUGAGACUCCCAGCUGGGGCCGUUUUCGUGAUCGCUAAUUGUUGUGUUGAAAUGAACAAGGCUGCAACUUCUCAUUUCAACAUCAGGGUUGUGGAGUGCCGACUAGCUGCAAAGCUUCUGUCUAAGGCAAAAGGCCUGGAUUGGAGCAGACUGCAGAAGCUGGGGGAUGUGCAGACAGAGCUGGGAGUUUCACUGGAGGAGAUGCUGAAGACAGUGGAAGAGGUCUUGCACCCAGAGACUUACACCCGAGAGGAAAUUUGUCAGAGUCUGGCCAUCACCCCAGCCCAGCUCUGCAGCAGCAUCCUCAGUCAGAACACACAGCAUGUUACAAGCUUCAGGCUCUACCAGCGUGCGAAGCAUGUAUACAGUGAAGCUGCACGAGUGCUGGCAUUUAAGGACGUUUGCAAUGAGGCACCUGCCAGGGCGAUCCAGCUGCUGGGGGAGCUGAUGAACCAGAGCCAUGCAAGCUGCAGAGACCUGUAUGAGUGCAGCUGUCCAGAGCUGGAUCAGCUAGUGGACACAUGUCUGCUGUCAGGUGCAGCUGGCUCUCGACUGACUGGUGCUGGAUGGGGAGGCUGUGUUGUGUCAAUGGUACCAGUGGAGAAGAUGGAUUCUUUUCUGCAGAAAGUACGAUCUGCCUAUUACAAGCCUGAUGCCCGGAGAGCAGCCUUGGAAAAACAGAGUUUAUUUGUCACAAAGCCUGGUGGAGGAGCUGCAAUUUAUUUGGAGGCCUAAAAAAGUAAAAAGUAUGAUUUAAUGCAUCUGCAAAACAAAGUUUUCUUUUCUACUUGUAUAUCAUGAUGGUGUUGGAAGUUUAUGAGCAGCACACAGAAAAGUUCCAAGGUUCUUAAUGUCCAUUUGUGAUUGCUCAAACUGGGAACUUCACGAAAAUCACAUGUACAGUAGGCUUUUUAGGACAUAAUAACAGGAAAGGAUGUUUUGUACACUAAUACUUUUCAAACCUUUGGUUCUUUCUAAAUAAAAAGAACAUAUUGAGCUGUCAUUGAUCAAUGUGGGUUUUUUUUAAUUUUCAGUCACCCAUGCAUUAUUCUGCAGUGCUUUAGAGUUUAAUCUGUCUCACCCUAAUAAGUCAAUAAUCAAGUGCGCUUAACUGAAUGUGCUACAGCUACCAAACCAAGCCGUGGUGUGGUCUAGCAAUCCAAUGUUGUGGUGAAUAAACCAUGCCUAAUAAUACAUCUGAAAAAAAAAAA